UUUUCCGACCCACUUGGAUGGGGGGGUACUCACUCUCACCCGAAUGGCGACGGCGCUGUUGCUUCGUUUUGGUGCCGGGUGCCGAGAUUUCUGAGUGCCACGGCUAAAGAUGGUUCGGACCGACUAGAGUGCUGCGCUGCGAGGAUACGGUGGCCACCGCUGGUCGUUCAGUUGAAUCUGUGUUUCAAGACCGUGCGGAUUGUUUUUGGGCGGUUGGUCGUUUGUUGUCCGCUUUCUGUGCGUUUUCUAUCCCGUGUUGCGGUUGCGAUUCGAGUGUUUAGAGUGUUUGUGCGUGUGUGUGUGUGUGGUGCAGUGUGGAGCAACAGUGUCAAAAACCGUGCAGACACCAAACGGUAUCGGAACGUUCGUGUUUGGGGAACCCGCGGGGGGUAGUUAGGUAGGGGAAAUUCUUUUUUUUUAAUCGUCAAAAGUCCUUAUACAAUCUGAAACGGUUUUCGGGGAUCCCGGUUAUCCCUGGUGGUGGUGGCAUAAAAAGUAGGCGCGCGCGCGCGUGUGUGUGGUGUGUUUGUUUUGGGUUUUCAAGCAUUUUUUUCCCCCUCUCCUCGCGUUCUAUUGAACCUCGAACCUCGAGGAUACGCGUGAUACGCCCCACGCAAAAGGGCGAAGUUUGGUGAAGUGCAGUGGUGCCGUGACCAGGAUGCGACCAACAGCGACGAUGGUGCCCGGCGGUAGUCCGUGGCAGUGUGCGAUACUCUUGACACUAUUGCUGGCCGGUAACGGAUGGGCCGUACACCGUGGCCAGUAUCUGCGCAGCUUUCCGACCCACCCGGUAAACGAUCCGUGCUAUGACGAGGAGCGUCCGCGCCGCUGUAUGCCGGACUUUGUGAAUGCGGCGUUCGGUGUACCGAUCGAGGCGUCGUCGACGUGCGGCCAGGGCAAGCCGGCCCGGUUCUGCGAUCUGAAGGAAGCGUCCGACGGUGGGCUAAUGGCGGGUGGCCGGUCCGGGAUGGUGGAAUCCACCUGCGAGAUCUGUGACGAUGCGGACUCGACCAAGCGCUAUUCCGCACUCGCCCUGACCGAUGUGCACAACCCGAACAAUGUCACCUGCUGGCGGUCGGAACCGCGCAGCGGUACGCUCGACGCCGGUCCAGACAAUGUGACGCUGACGCUGUCGCUCGGCAAAAAGUUCGAGCUAACGUACGUGAGCCUGAUGUUCUGCCCGCACGCAAUCCGGCCAGACUCGAUGGCGAUCUACAAGAGUGCGGACUACGGUAAAAACUGGCUACCGUUCCAGUUCUACAGCUCCCAGUGCCGGAAGCUGUACGGCCGCCCGACAAAGGCUACGAUUUCGCCCAGCAACGAACAGGAGGCACGCUGUGUCGAUCACAACCGCUACAGUGUGGACGGUGUGCAAGGGUCACGGAUUGCGUUCAGCACACUGGAGGGACGGCCGUCUGCGCCUGACUUUGACAACUCGGUCAUCCUGCAGGAUUGGGUCACCGCCACGGACAUACGCGUCAUCUUUCACCGGCUCCAGCCGGCGAGCGGCGGCGGAGGCGGCGGUGGUGGUGGAGGUGGUGGCGGAGGUGGUGGAUCUUCAUCCCUCGCGAAAUCGCAAUCAACCGAGCUGCUCGGCGGUGGCAAGUUUGGUGGCGUCCCUAAGAAAGCGUCCGACUUCCUGAUGCAUCCACGAGACUUCGGUACCCAGGGUGUCGGUUCCGGCGUGCUAACGUACGCACUGUCCGACUUUGCCGUCGGUGGACGGUGCAAGUGCAAUGGGCACGCGUCCCGUUGCGUGAAGGGCACGGACGGGAAGCUCGAGUGUGACUGCAAGCACAACACCGCUGGGCGGGACUGCGAACGCUGCAAACCGUUCUACUUCGAUCGACCCUGGGGCCGCGGUACAAUGCGUGACGCGAACGAAUGCAAAGCCUGUCAGUGUAACGGCCAUGCCAGGAAGUGCCGCUUCAAUCUCGAGCUGUACAAGAUGUCGGGACGUGUUUCGGGUGGUGUGUGUACUGACUGCCGGCAUGAUACGGCCGGGCGCCACUGCCAUUACUGCCGCGAGGGUUUCUACAAGGAUCCAACCAAACCGAUCACCCACAAGAAAACCUGCAAGCCAUGCGACUGCCAUCCGAUCGGGUCGUCCGGUAAGAGCUGCAACCACACGACGGGCCAGUGCACCUGCAAGGAAGGCGUAACGGGACUGAACUGCAACCGAUGUGCCCGCGGCUACCAGCAGAGCCGCUCGCAUAUCGCACCGUGCAUAAAAAUUCCUCGCGUCAUUAACAUCAACCAUCAAGCGCAGAAUACGGCACCAGAAUCCUACCAGUACGAUCCGGAUGCAAGCGAAAGCACCAAAGAAAAUUGUGGCAAAUGCAAAUUCGACACGAAGCGGCUUAACCUGAACAAAUUCUGCAAACGCGAUUAUGCUAUCAUGGCGAAGGUGACGGGCCGUACGACACCUGGAGGCAAAAAUUCACCCCGUGACGAGGUACGCUUCAAUCUUCAGGUUCAAUCGGUCUUUAAAUCGAACGGACCGCUGCUACUGGCGAGCCAGCGCAAGUCAAGCAUUGGAUUGCUUGUACCGUCGAAAAAUCUCGACUGCCGCUGUCCGAACAUCAAGAUCAACAAAUCUUACCUGAUCCUCGGCAUGGAUGCGAAGAGCAAUGCGGAAAAUUUGAUGCUUGGCCCGAAAACGAUCAUCAUCGAGUGGAAGGAUGAUUGGAAUAGGCGGCUCCGCCGAUAUCAGCAACAGGCGGGCUCCUGCUACUAAGCCGCUAGGGAUAGGGAUCAACCAGAGAAAGGGUGACGUAUUUCGUCCCAACUACGCAUAGAAAGGUAACCCGAGAGACUCUUUCGCUUCAUCGGCAGAGUAAGAGGGGGGCGUAGCGUUAAGAUCGUUCGGUGCCAGAAAGAGUGUUGAUGUCUUUUAUAGCUGUACGUGAGCCCCGAAAAACGGCGCUUCCGGAUAUCGUCCGAUACAAGCCGGCGAGAUGGCAUACCGCCAAAAUAGUAUUCUUCAUGUCGCCCUUUUUUUCUCUCCAACAAACCAAUCCAAUUCCCUUUCCCCACCAUUGCCACAUUCGCAGCCUGAUUUGUGAUCCCUUUUUUUUUUGCUGCAACCGAAUCAGGUGCGAAGCAUGACGUUUCUUGCCGGCACCACCCAGUAGUGCGAAGUUGUUUCCAAUAAAUUAUUAUUACCCAUGUAAUCUCUAUUAAUCAUUUGUACGCCUAGUGUCAGUCCGCUUCAUCUGCAUAUCAGUAGGAGGGAAUUAUUUUUUUUUCGUUUUUUUUUUAUUGAAGAGGAUCUGUAUAUGAUCCUCACAACAGCGGUGAGUAGAGUAAUCACCCAUUAGGGAGAGUUGUAAUGUCAACCCGAAAGUGGAUGUUCAUGUGCUCUUCAUUUCUAUUUAGAAGCUUAAUUGUUAACGAAGACGGAAGAAAAAAAACGAAAGGUAAAUCAAACUAAAGCAAAAAACCAUUUCGUUUGUUACUGUUUUGUUACACCCCUCCCCCCCCCCUCCCCCAAUCAUCCUUACUUUCCUUCAUUUUCCCUUCAAUAUACCUUCAUCCUAAAUAAAUCUAGAUUUACCGUUUCGUUCCGGUGCCAUUUGCAGUAGAAAGUGUUUUGCAGAGUUUUUUGCAAAUUUAAAAAAAACACGCACACAUACAAGUAAUACAGUGAAGGAAAACCCUCCUCCCCAAAAGAAGUUAAAUAGUAGCGCGUAAGUUGUAGGAACGAGAGUUAGGAGAACAUAUUUCCCCGGUACAGUGUUGCGUUUAUGCACUUAUGGCCAAAAAACUUCAGACAAGGGACAGUGCGCGUGUCGGUGUGUGUGUGUGUGUUUGUGUACGUAUGUGUAACCGAUCACUAACUACAGUACAUUCGAUGUGUGCAAUAUACAUGUGCAUGUAUGCACAAAUGAAGGAUUUACGCGAAGAAAUGUGUGUGAGAAUUGGUACGGUUUUUCCAUCAUUUAUUUGAUACUCUGCUUCCAAACAUUUGUUGGUUUCAAAUUGCUACUUGUUUUAUUUCCUUAAUUUAACUUUAUGUUUUAUAUAUUUUCUUCGUUUUAGAUAAUUUAUUAAUUUUAUUACUUCACUUUUUUAUUUUUUUGUUUCAUUCUGUUUUUUUUUUAUUAGUUUGAUGUUUUUUUUUUAUAUUUUAUCCACUUUUGUUUUCUUCUCUUUUAUAACUUCUAUUGUACAUAUUUUGUUACAGUUUUAAAUGAAAAACAAAAAAAAGUUUUCUUUUGCCACACAUACAAAGAUGUGGACUGCAAUACAAGUACACACCCACAUACGCACCGACCAGAGCAAAUAUUGACUUGACUGGGUAGGGUCCCAUGUAUCAUACUAAAAUUAUAAUAAAAAAAAAGCAAAAGCUCCGAUUGAAAGAAGAAAAAAAAGCAAAAAAUAAAACGGCUAACGUAAAUAGAAGCAAAAUGGAGAAAGAAAGGAAGAAGAAGAAAAAACACGCACAAAUCAAUGUAAACAAGCACACACACACACACACACACACUGGAAGGAGAGGCGGUAGAUAGUGUGCGGCGUUUUGCGUGUUGUAAUUUGUGUUCCGUGCUGUUUCGUCUUUAGGAUUCACUUUUACACCAUAAGUAUAGGCCAACCACCAAUGGGUAUUUUUUUUGCUCUUGUAGCGUGCAGGAGAUUCGUUUACAAGCGUUACUUCCGAUAACAUAACAUAAAACUAUAUAUAUAUAUACAAACACAAACGCAUAUAUAUAUAACACAUUAGUUGUAGUGAAUCAUUUCAUUUUUGCAUCCUUUGGCCCCGAAUAAUAAGGUGCGAAGGCGAAGUCCCUUAGUGCAUACCUACACAAGCAUAAUUAAUCGAACGAAUACUAACACACAAAGCAAAAAAGGUAGGAGGAAAGGAAAGCGAGAAGCGAAAUAUGGCAAAAUGGAAUAACAUCUAGCGCAGCAAAUAAAGUUAGUGAUCAGCAGUAUGUGACGGAAGCUAACGAUAAAUGUGCUCACGGAAAAGGCAAGAAAGCUGAGAACGAUAAGCAGAUGUACGUACACGAGGAAACAAUUUGCAUGACGAUUGUGAUGAGAAUUUUAUCUGUAUAUAUUAUAAAGUUUUCCUAACCAAUAACUCA